AUCUUCACAUCCAUGCAAAGGUUGAUCAACGGGUGUGUGAGAGAAAAUGAACAUUUUUCUAGAAAUAGAAACAUUUCCAUUGAAAUUGUCGAGUGGGAAAAAAGAGAAGAGAAGAGAAGUGAGAGUCAGAUAAAGAAAUAAAAUUUUCCCGGAAAGGGGAUUAGAAAUGUAUGAAUCUUCUGUGUUUGAAUCUUCUGAUUCGAUCGUCCCUCUUAGAUCUUUACCCUUUCUUGUUCUUCCUGUUUUCAUUCUCCACAACAACAUCUCCCGUUUCUCCUUUCCACUUUCUGUCUUUGAUUCUUGAAUUAGACCUUCAAAUUCUGUUAAACCAACAGGGGGGCAAAAAGAUCCUAUUUUGAGCCUCGCCGGCAAUUACCUGCUUCAAAUUCAAUUCUGGGUCGGUUUCGAUUCCAUCCACAAGUGCGGAUUCACUUCGUUGCAAUGUUAUUUGUGUCUGAGGUUAUGGUGAUGACGUGGCAAUGAGGUGUGUGGCAGAAGAAUGGAGGGUAUUCAGGUGAGGUGCGAUAAGCUUCAGGGUGCUGUGAUUCCGAGGAGCAGUUUUCGGGUUUGGUUCAUUCGAGUGUGUUCAAGCAUUGUGCUGUGGACAUGUCUGGUUCAGCUAGUGACAGUGAGUGAACUAUGGCAUUCCCAUUUCUUUUUGGGGAUCACUAAUCGAUUCUAUCACACGACUCAACGUCCACUCCAACCACAAAAUGCACUGGUUCAAUCGUCUCCCCCUUUGCUUCCCCCAAGAAAUUAUACAAGUAAUGGUUUUCUAAGAGUGUCCUGCAAUGGGGGCUUGAAUCAAAUGCGAGCAGCGAUUUGUGACAUGGUGACAGUUGCUCGAUUUUUGAAUCUCACAUUGGUUGUUCCAGAGCUUGAUAAGAAAUCCUUUUGGGCAGACCCUAGUAAUUUCGAGGACAUUUUUGAUGUGAGACAUUUCAUUGAUUCUCUAAGAGAUGAAAUUCGAAUAGUGAAAAGAGUGCCCAAAAGGUUUAGUAAAAAAAGUGGAUACUCCACCCUGGACAUGCCUCCUGUUAGCUGGUCAAAUGAAAAGUAUUACUUGGAGCAGAUUCUGCCACUUUUUGAAAAGCAUAAGAUAAUACACUUCAACAAAACAGAUGCACGUGUAGCAAACAAUGGUCUCUCACUUGAUUUACAGAAACUCAGGUGUCGUGUUAAUUACCAGGCACUUAAAUUCACUCCUCAAAUUGAGAAUUUGGGCCAAAAAUUGAUUCGGAUACUUCGUGAGAAUGGACCUUUUGUGGCAUUGCAUCUGAGAUAUGAAAUGGACAUGCUGGCAUUCUCAGGUUGUACUCAUGGUUGCACCAAUGAAGAGGCCGAGGAGCUUAAGAGGAUGAGGUAUGCAUUCCGUUCCUGGAGAGAAAAGGAGAUAGUGUCUGAAGAAAGAAGAUCACAGGGUCUCUGUCCUUUGACACCAGAGGAGACUGCCUUAAUUCUGCAAGCCUUAGGUUUUGAUAGGGAGACACCAAUAUAUAUCGCAGCUGGUGAAAUUUACGGUGGUGAACAUAGAUUAGCACAACUGAGAGCUGCAUUUCCUAGAAUUGUUAAGAAAGAGACAUUGCUGGGCCGUGAAGAGUUGCAGCAGUUUCAGAAUCAUACAUCACAAAUGGCAGCAUUGGAUUUUAUGGUUUCUGUAGCCAGUAACACCUUUAUUCCUACCUAUUACGGUAACAUGGCAAAACUUGUAGAGGGCCAUCGCAGGUAUUCUGGUUUUAAAACGUCCAUCUUAUUGGAUCGGAAAAGGCUUGUAGAAUUGCUUGAUAUGCAUCAAAAUGGAACCCUUCCAUGGAAUGAGUUUGCAAAUACUGUGAGACAGGUUCAUGAAAAGAGAAUGGGACAACCAAUUCAUCGCAGAGUUGAUGUAAACAAACCAAAAGAAGAGGAUUAUUUCUACGCCAAUCCUUAUGAGUGUCUCUGCGAGGGACCAAAGUGUGAUGACUUGCUAGGUCCUCCUAACUCUAGUCAAACACGAUGAAUACAAGUUAUCAAAUGUAUAAAGGCACUCCUGUUCAACCAUGAGUUUGAAAGAGGAAAUUAUGAAUGACCUUUAUAAAUAUGUACACGUGAAUUUGUAGAGAACCAUGGAAAAGAAAGUAAAAGAAAAAACAAAAAGGGAAAAAAGAAGGAAAUAUCAGCUUCUGUUGAGGCAUGCAA